AUGUUCCAAAAAUCAACAAUAGUUUUUCUGGUUUUUGGGACUUUUGGAUUUUUCCUGGUAGCUGAAACCUUUCCAAUCGAAAUUAAAGAUAUCCAAUUUUUAUUCCCUCCACAAAACACAAUAAUCUCUGAAAACUCAAAAAAUCUAUAUGAAACGAAAAUUGAUAGACAAGUUGGAGAUUCAGAGGAAGAGGAGAACAUUCGAAAGGAUUGUAUUCAGAAACAAAAUUCUGAAAACUCCGAAGCUGGAUCCUCUACGACGUCUUCGGCGUUACCAGAAGAUUCUGGAAAUUUCAAUGACACAUCGCCAAUAAAUGGAACGAUCGUUGAUGAUCCUAUGGAGGUGAAAAUCUACCGGGCUGAAUGCGAUGAUUGA